AUGGAAGCUCCCGUGCCCAGCGGAACAACAGAGGCGAAAAUUGUUGUUGUGACCGAGGAUGGCGAUACUAAUCAGAAGCAGCCGCAAUCAUCAUCAUCGGCUGCCGACGGAGUCUCGCCGUCCCUCCAUGUGAGAGAAGAUCGCGAGGAGGUCGUGGCCCGCGCCUCGCGCCUGGCAGAAGAGCUGGCCACCCAAUGGCAGGGCGGCUUCACCCUCUCCGCUCCGCGCGUACGGCCCCAGCCUGGCGCCGCCGAUCCCUUCACCUUCUACACAGCGGUCCUCCGCCGACCCCGGCUCGUCCUCGCGCCCAUGGUGGACAUGAGCGAGCUGCCGUUUCGUAUGCUGUGCCGCAAGUACGGCGCCGAGCUGUGCUACACGCCCAUGUACCACUCGCGCUUGUUCGCCGAGGAGGCCAAGUACCGACAGAUGGAGUUCUCCACGUGCCCCGAAGAUCGGCCGCUCGUGGUGCAGUUCUGCGGCAACGAUCCGGAGGUGCUGCUGAAGGCCGCCAAGUUCGUCGAGAACGACUGCGACGCCGUCGACCUGAACCUGGGCUGUCCGCAGGGCAUCGCCAAGCGGGGCAACUACGGGUCUUUCCUCCUCGACAAGUGCUACUGGCCCCUCCUCUACGCCAUGGUGCGUAAGCUGUACGAGAACCUGAAGGUGCCGGUGUUCUGCAAGAUCCGGCUGCUCCCGUCGCUGGACGACACCCUCCAGCUGGCCCGCAUGCUGCAGGACGCCGGCUGCCAGCUGCUCGCCGUCCACGGCCGCACGCGGGACAACAAGGGCCUCUACUGCACCCCCGCCGACUGGGACUCCAUCCGCAUCGUCAAGGAGGCGCUGGCGAUUCCGGUGAUCGCCAACGGAAACAUCGCGCAGUUCGAAGACAUCGAGCCGUGCCUGGAGGCGACGCGGUGCGAGGGCGUGAUGGCGGCGUGGGCGGCCCUGAACAACCCGGCCCUGUUCUCGGGCCAGGUGCCGGACAAGGUGGCCCUCGCCAUCGAAUACCUCGACAUGUGCGAGGCCUACCCCACCCAGCCCAAGAGCAUCCGCGCCCACCUCUGCAAACUCCUCAAGAAGCAGUUCCAGAUCCACGAGGACCUCCGCGAGCGCAUGCUCACGCACACCAAGACGCUGCCGGCCAUCCGUACGCUCGUGGAGACGCUCAAGCACCGCCUCGACAACGAUAUCCCGCCGGUGCUGCGGCCGCCCAAGGAGCAGAUCGAGGAGGUGGACGACGGCGAGGCCAUGGAGGGAGGUGCGCUCUUCGCGCAGGACGACGACGAGUUCUAG